AUGGGUUUAUCAGCUCGUUUUCUUGGGUGUUUUCUUUUGAUUGUUCUCUUUGUUGAUUGUGUGGUGUUUGCUGAUGUCAAUGGAGCUGAAGAUGAGAAGUUCCUCCUUGGACAUAAACGUCCAACGUAUGGGAAACGUUUUGGACGUGGGAUUUAUGGUAAGGGUUUUGGAGGUGGAGGUGGAUUAGGAGGUGGUGGUGGUCUAGGUGGUGGUGCAGGUGGUGGUUUAGGUGGAGGAGGUGGAUUAGGAGGAGGUGGGGGUCUAGGAGGUGGUGGUGGACUAGGUGGAGGAGGUGGACUUGGUGGGGGUGGUGGUUUUGGCGGUGGAGCCGGAGGAGGACUUGGUGGAGGUGGUGGACUNUUUGGUGGUGGUGGAGGUGGUGGUAUUGGUGGUGGUGCUGGUGGAGGGUUUGGAGCUGGUGGAGGUGUUGGCGGAGGUGGUGGUUUAGGAGGUGGAGGUGGUGGCGGCUUUGGUGGUGGAGGCGGCAUUGGCGGUGGUAAGCAUUGA